CUGCAAUCUGCUGACUUGACUUUCCUUUCAACAAUAUGUCUUCCCGAGAGGUCGACCAGCUCGUCGAGAUGGUGAGCCUGUCCUCCCCGCGCCACCACCGUGCCACCCUAAAUCGGCUCGCCCGACGCACCGUGACGUCUCACUCGUUGUGCUGACAAUCGACGCUGAUGCGCUGCGUUGCGGCUGCUUUCAACGACAGGGCGCCACGCCUCCGCAGGCGCGCGCUGCGCUGCGCAAGUACAGGGACGUUAUGCAGGCCGCGGAGCACAUUUUCGAGGGCGAGUUUGCGGACGUGACGGAGGCGGACGAGCCUAUGGAUGCGCCUGCGCCCCACACCAAGGUCGAUGUCAAGGCGGGAGGUGCGCCUGCUACGCCGGCGCGGACGCCGCGUGCUGUGCCGUCGGACGGGGAUGCGGAUGCGGACGCCGACGAGGGGGACGAUGAGGAUGUGGAUAUGGACGAGGACGAGGACGGUGAUGAGGAUCAAUAUGUGGACUACGACUCGGACUUUGAGGGACACGAUCGCCCGGCGGUGGAGGCUGAUCCUUAUGCAGGUAUCUUCUUCUCCAAGGACCGUCGGGAGGAGGUCAUCGAGGUCGAGGAGGAGCCCGAAGAGAUCGUAUCGGAACGAACGGGCGCGAAAGUGAAGAUCAUGACGCAGGGCGAAUGGAUGAAAGGCUGCCCGGAGGGCAGCGAGCAGGGUUUCUUGUUCAGCCUGUACUCAUACCUUCGUGAGGGUGCCUGUCAUUGUCCGCAACAGUGCGGAUAUGCGGUGCCAAGGAAGAACAGCGAUUUCUUCUCUUUGUUCAACGAGUUCUCGACAUACAUCGAUGAACUACGCGCGAUUGUCCCUCGGACGUGCCCCCAAUGCAAGGUCGCGUUCUGCUUCGCGUGCGGCGAGCCAAUAAACAGUACGAACAGUCGGUCCUCGCUCGCUGCUGAAGACGUCCUGUUCCACUGUUCGAACAUCCAGGGCGCCAUCCUCGGCGUCGGCCUGGCGAUGCUGGAAACGCAUUUCAUCGAGCAGCGGAAUCAGUCGAGCGACUCCGCAAACAGCCAGGAGGCGAAGCCGCGCACGAGCAAGCGGAGGAAGACGGACUCGCCGGUCGCGUCGCCGCCGCCGAACCCGGACGGGGAGUCGUCCGAUGAUGACGACGACGACGAUUUUUACACGCCAGGGACAGGCGGCAAGGCCAAGGGCGGCAUUGGCUACGCCGGCGACGGUCGCGAGGACGCAAGUGCGCCUUCCUUCACGACUGGCCAAGCGGAGGCACUCCGCCUGCAGCUCGAGAAGGACGGCGACAUUGGACGGCUGCUCUCGCAGAUCCGUGUCUAUCUGCCUUCUGUUCUGCGCGAGGGUGGAGGGCGCACGAGCGACUACAUGGUUCACCCAACGGCGCUCGCGCACCUGAGACGACGGUUUAACUACGUGUGUAGUACGCUGCUGAGGAACGACUCGCUCUCGGAUAUGUCGGAUCGCUCGGUGUUGUACUUUGAACUGUUCGAGUGGCUCGAGACGAUAUCUAACCACGAGGCUCUCGCGAGCAUGAUGGCCAUGCCGAUCAUGGUCGUCGCCUCGGUCAAGUCGAUCAACCCCAAGAAGCCGCCGGCGAAAGGUAAAUCCCCAGUCCGCGAGCGGACAAUCAUCUACGAGGGCAGCUCUGGCCCACGCGAGCUCCUCGAGGCGAUCGUCAUCCAGUCGCAGGCGGCGAUCAAGGGGCUCGAGGGGAUGAAGCCCGUCGAGGAGGUCACGCAGGAGAUGACGGAGGCGCAGAAGCGGAUGACGAGCGAGAGCAAGGGCAAGGAGAAGGAGAGCAUACCGAUGAUGAGCGAGGAGAACGAGAAGCUGCUCGCGUUUUGCCAGCGCAUCCUCGCGACGGCGCACGCGAUCGACCGCUCGCUCCGCGAGACGAAGGGCGACGCGUUCGUGAAGCGGCUGCAUGCGUCGCUGCCCAGCAUUGUUGGUGCGGCGGGCUUCGACUCGUCUGCGAUCGCGGUCGGCGAGGACGAGGAGGGCCGGCGGAAGGCGUACGUCGACUGGGCGACGCAGGUGCGGUUCGAGUACUGCGAUCUGACGAUCCCGACGACGGACGCCGAGGUGGAGGGCACCGCGCCGCAUUACAAGUUCUUCUUCAACACGGAGGCACGGAUGCUUGCUAGCCAAGACAUACCGAAGCGCUCGCUGGCGAUCGCGAAAGAGCUUGCUGUGUUGACGACGAACCUCCCUGUCGCUUGGAAUUCUUCGAUUUUCUUGCGCGUGGACGAGACGCGUGUGGAUAUCAUCAAGGCGCUCAUUAUCGGGCCAGAAGGAACACCGUAUGAGAAUGGAUGCUUCCUGUUUGAUAUCUUCCUGGGACCGAGCUACAACCAGUCCCCGCCAAACGUCAAGUAUAUGACGACGUCUGGUGGGAAGUACCGGUUCAACCCCAACCUAUACGCAGAUGGAAAGGUCUGCUUGUCUCUUCUGGGAACAUGGAACGGACCUGGCUGGGUCGCUGGGAAGUCAACGUUGCUUCAAGUCCUAAUUUCAAUCCAAUCUAUGAUCCUCUGUGAGGAACCAUACAUCAAUGAACCAGGCUGGGAUAAGGAUGCUGGCUCAAGUCGGUCGCUGGCCUACACUUACAACGUUCGACGAAUGGUAGUCAGGGCCGCGAUGCUGGGCUACCUGAAAGCACCCCCGGAGCCGUUUGAAGACGUGAUCCGCACGCAUUUCCGUCUGAAAGCGCCGAUGAUCGCCGCUCAGCUAGACAAAUGGCUGGCAGAGGACGAUGGCAGACUUACUCUUGAUGAUGGCGGUGGAUAUGCAGUGAGAGGUGGGCCAAAGGGCCAAUCCGGGCGGAGUACGAACGGGUUCAAGGAGGACGUCGAUGAGAUAAAGGCGGUUCUGCAAGAGCUGCAGUCGGGGACGUCUGAACCAAGUUCGGAAUUGUAAAAGUUGCUUUAGCUGCGUCAACGAAUGUAUCUACACUAGAAUGAACAAAAGUAAUGAGAC